AUGGCCGCGUGGGGAAGGAGUGGCGGUGGAGGUGGUGGUGGCGGCUCCCGAGAGAGGGUUAGCCUGUCAGCUACAGAUUGCUACAUGCAGUCACUACAUAGUCAUUGUGAUGAAAUCCACAGUGGCGAAAAUCCCCAGGACCCGUGUGGGCUGGAGCAGGCGCUGGAAGCCCAGCACAAGUACAUUGUGAUAGAGCCCACCCGGAUUGGAGACGAGACAGCACGCUGGAUCACCGUAGGCAAUUGCCUGCACAAGACGGCCAUGUUGGCAGGUACUGCCUGCCUCUUCACCCCAUUGGCACUGCCCCUGGAUUACUCCCACUACAUCUCCCUGCCCGCUGGUGUGCUGAGCCUGGCCUGCUGUACCCUCUAUGGGAUCUCCUGGCAGUUUGACCCGUGCUCCAAGUACCAGGUGGAGUAUGAUGACUAUAAACUGUCCCGCCUGCCUCUGCACACGCUCACCUCCUCCACACCAGUGGUGCUGGUUCGGAAGGACGACCUGCACAGAAAGAGACUGCACAACACAAUAGCCCUGGCUGCCCUGGUGUACUGUGUAAAGAAGGUUUAUGAGCUCUACGCCGUAUGACUGCAGGAGAGUGGGACGAGAAGCAGAACCACAGGGCCCACAGGACUCAGAUUCCCUACAGCAACACUGGGUUUUCUCUGUGAAGCAGCAGCACCUGGGAAAGUGUUUGGUUUAAUACUUGUUAUUUUUUUAAGCAAAAAUAACAGAUCAUGGGUGUGCCAGGGGUUUCAGCUCAUUACACUAAGAUGUCUAUUUCCAUAACCCAGGAGUGGCUCCCAGGCUGUGGAAGUCUGACUGAGCAAUGGAAUGAGGAUAGAGCCAAUGCUAAGAUAUUUUUGAGGGAUCUGAUC